UCAAAGUGAAAACAAAUUCAUCUUAUUUCUCAGCGUCUUAAAUUUUAUUUUAUUUAUUUUUUAAUAAAAAUAAAAUAAUUAAGAAACACAAAUUAAAAUGGAAACCCCUUUCCCAGCGAAUUCUAGUGCUUUAGCCUUAGCUGAUAAUUGCAUUGUUGAUUGUGAUAUUUCAGCUGAAAAUCUUGCCGUAGCUGAAUGUGUUUUAAGAAUAAUUGAUAAUGGAAUUGAAAAACUACAAAUUGCUAUAUUAAUACCAGAAUUCCUUGAAAAUCAAGAUGUAUUGAUGCAAUGUAUGGGCAAGUCACAUUUAAGAAAAUGUAUAAAAUAUUAUGAAGAUUAUAUUGAGCAGGCUGAAAAGAUGCAUGAUAAAAAACAACAUGUUAAUAUACCUCUAAUUGAAUUGAUUGAUUUGUUUUGUGAAAAUGAUAAUAUUAAACAAAUUUUACCAGAGUAUUUAUUAAAAAUACCUAAAGAGUAUAAUGAACUUUUGGAUGCAUUGAGGAAAUUGAAAACAAUUGCUGAUGAUCGAUUAAAAACUACGGCAGUUGUUGAAAUGCAAAGGGAAAAGGCGAUUCAUCGAAUUUAUCAAGAUAAUGAAAAAACUGUUAAGAAUCUUUCAAAGCUAAAAAAGCAACUUCAUGAUCAAGAAAUAAACUUACGCUGGAAGCUAGCCGCUAAACGAGCGCUCAUCAAAAAAUAUGAAGAAGAUCUUGCAACAAAGAAAUGGGAAAAUAAUUUAAAAAUCAAACAAGAAAUACUAAGAUCAAGUCAUAAGAUUCGAGAUUUUCAUGCAAACAGUUUGCUGAAACAAGAACAAUUGGCAGAAGAAGUAGAAAAAGCUCAAACAACAUAUGAAAAAGGUCUAAAAGCGAAUUUAAAAACUGAAAAAGAUAUCAGAGAUGAAAAAAACAAACUGCUUCUGCAGUUACAAGGUCUUAUAAAAAAAUAUGACCAAAAUAUUGGUGAUAAAAUUCAAGAAAAUUCAGAUCUUCAAAUAGCCUACGAUGAACAACGACAAAAGUUGGACGAGUUUUUAAUCGAAUUUCGUCGCCAAGAAGAUGAAUACAAUGAACUGGCCCAAAUGAAAUUGAAUGAAGAAACAGCCGAUUUCCAAAGAAAAUUGCUGCUGUUUAUGACAACAAGAGCAGCCAAAACUGUACAACGGUAUUGGCGGAAAUAUAUUAAAACCAAAAAGAAGUCAUCGAAGGGGAAGGGAAAGGGUAAAAAAGGCAAAAAGAAAUAAAUGAAAGAAAAAUA